AUGAGAGUCCAAAGCAGCCUUCACAACCUCCUGAGGGUCGUGGUUGUUACCUCAUGUCUCGUUGUCGCCAACCCGAUCUCACCUCGCUGGGCCAUCGGUCAGUCGAUCACGACGACUAGCGGUCCGGUCGAAGGACACGCUGCCUCCGACGCAGACGAGGUGUCCGAGUACUUGGGUAUUCCGUACGCCGAACCGCCUGUCGGAAUCUUGCGCUUUCAGCCUCCCGUCAGGUACACCGGUUCCUCUUUGAUCAACGGCUCGGCAUUUGGAAACCAGUGCAUGCAGCCGUCAAGUGCAGCUGUCAACGUCGAAGCGAUCAAGCAGCUUGGAGUUCCCGCCUCUGCUGCUGAUGUUACCAAGGUGCUCGCGGACACGGGCUCCCAGAGCGAGGACUGCCUGACCUUGAACGUGUGGACCAAGCCACAGACGGGCGAUGCGAAAAAGGCUGUGCUCGUCUGGGUCCACGGCGGCGCUUUUGUCUCUGGUAGUUCCCGGAUCCCAGCAUACAAUGGAAAGUUCAUUGCCGACCAGGAUGACGUCGUUGUGGUGUCCAUGAACUACCGCCUCAACAUCUUCGGCUUUCCAGGAAACCCCGUCUCCGCUCCUAAUCUUGGAUUCCUCGAUGUCCGUAUGGCCAUGGAAUGGGUUCGCGACAACGUGGAGAAGUUCGGCGGCGACGUCAACAGAAUCACCAUGUUUGGCCAGUCUGCCGGAGGAUCUAUGGUCGAUUACUACUCUUACGCAUACGCGUCCGACCCCAUCGCUAAUGGUUUCAUCCCAAUGAGCGGCGUUGCCAAUGGAUUUGGCAUAUAUACUAACCAGUCCGUGCAAAACAAGUGGUUCCAGAUUUCAAUGUUUGUUGGUUGCGGUAGUAACUUGACCGACCAUAAUGCUGUUUCUGACUGCAUGUCGAAAAAGAACGCAACCGAGAUUAUUGCCAGCCUAGCGAACACUACCAGCCCUGUCUCAACUGGGCUCACGUUUGCGCCCGUAGUGGAUGAUCAUCUCAUCUUUGCCGACUACAGUGUCCGUAACUCGGCCAAGGCGGGAUAUCUCAUCGGCAACACUGAGAACGAAGCUGGUUUAUUCAAGAUCGGAGCCCCUGCUGUAAACGAAACUUACUGGUAUGGGUUCAACCUCGUUGCGUAUAACUGCCCUGCCGCGAGAAGGGCGGCACGAGCAGUGUCUGCUGGGUAUCCCACGUGGCGAUACCGUUAUUUCGGCGACUUUCCCAACAUGGCCGUCACCACGACGCCGCCUAGCGGAGCAUGGCAUGCAUCCGAGCUCCCUGUUCUCUUUGACACUGUACCACAAGAGGCAAUCGGAAGCACGGAGCAGGAGGUUGCCGUCGGUAAAUACAUGCGUGGUGCAUGGGCGGCCUUCGCCAAAGACACGAAGUCUGGUCUCCUCAACUACGACUGCAAUGGAUCGUGGCCGAUGUACAAAGAAGACGGCACCACUCUCAACCGUAUCUCCUUUGAGAACCAGACCGGCACGAGUCUGGCCCCUGGAAACUCUUACGACGGGCUCUGCGCGCAAGUGGGAAUCCCCAUUUCUUGA